AUGAACAUGGGUGGAGCACCUGUGGGACCUGCAGGAACUGGAAAAACUGAAACGAUCAAAGACAUGGGACGGUGCCUUGGAAAGUAUGUUGUAGUCUUCAACUGCUCAGACCAGAUGGAUUUCCGAGGACUUGGGAGGAUCUUCAAAGGUCUUGCUCAGUCUGGCUCCUGGGGUUGCUUUGAUGAGUUCAAUCGUAUUGAUUUACCAGUACUAUCAGUAGCUGCACAGCAAAUUUCAGUUGUGUUGACAUGUAAGAAGGAACGUAAAAAAAGCUUUCUUUUUACUGAUGGAGAUAAUGUGGAAAUGAACCCAGAAUUUGGCAUUUUUCUUACUAUGAAUCCAGGCUAUGCUGGGCGGCAGGAACUUCCGGAAAACUUGAAGAUCAACUUCCGCUCAGUGGCCAUGAUGGUUCCUGACCGUCAAAUCAUAAUUCGUGUCAAACUGGCUAGUUGUGGCUUCGUUGCUAAUGCUGUAUUGGCAAGGAAAUUCUUUACACUGUACAAGCUGUGUGAAGAACAACUGUCAAAGCAGGUGCAUUAUGACUUUGGCUUACGGAAUAUAUUGUCAGUGCUCCGUACAUUAGGAGCAGCAAAAAGAGCAAAUCCCACAGAUACUGAAUCUACCAUUGUCAUGCGUGUGCUGAGAGACAUGAACCUCUCCAAACUAAUUGAUGAAGAUGAACCUUUAUUCUUGAGUCUAAUUGAAGAUCUGUUUCCAGAGGUCCAGCUUGAUAAAGUAGGCUAUCCUGAGCUGGAAGCUGCCAUUGACAAACGGGUGGAGGAAGCUGGACUUGUUUGUCAUCCUCCUUGGAAACUGAAAGUUAUCCAGCUUUUUGAAACCCAGAAAGUGAGGCAUGGAUUGAUGACACUAGGACCUAGUGGUGCAGGAAAAACUGCUUGCAUCCACACUUUAAUGAAAGCCAUGACAGAUUGUGGACAACCGCAUCGUGAGAUGAGAAUGAAUCCUAAAGCUAUAACUGCUCCGCAAAUGUUUGGCCAUCUUGAUGUGGCAACAAAUGAUUGGACAGAUGGAAUAUUUUCAACACUCUGGAGAAAAACCUUAAGAGCAAAAAAAGGUGACCAUAUCUGGAUAGUUCUUGAUGGUCCUGUUGAUGCUAUUUGGAUUGAGAACCUUAAUUCUGUCCUGGAUGAUAACAGAACUCUAACACUAGCAAAUGGAGAUCGGAUACCUAUGGCACCAAAUUGCAAAAUAGUCUUUGAACCUGAUAAUAUUGAUAAUGCUUCUCCAGCAACGGUUUCGAGGAAUGGGAUGGGAUUUUUGAAAGGACGUUCCUGGCAGGAAGCCGAAAUCCUACGCCAGCUGUAUUCUUCAUCGUUCCCAGACUUACACCGCUUCAGCAGUCAGUCUCUGCAAUGCAAGACUGAGAUGUUGGAAGCCUUUGUGAUUAUGCAGAGCAUUAAUAUGCUACAGGGUCUUAUCCCACCUAAGGAGCAAGGAGGGGAACUGAUUCCAAAAUACUUGGAAAGGCUGUACGUCUUCUCUCUCAUGUGGAGUGUAGGAGCAGUGCUAGAACUGGGAGACAGAUGCAAAAUGGAGCACUGGCUUCGAAACCAUGCAACAAUAAAACUUGAUCUUCCCUGUAUCCCUGAAGGCAGUGAAGAUACCAUGUUUGAUUACUAUGUGGCAUCUGAUGGUGAAUGGAUGCACUGGAAUGCACAGGUUGGAGAGUAUGCAUAUCCAAGUAGCAGCACUCCAGAGUAUGGCUCCAUUCUUGUGCCUAAUGUCGACAAUGUGAGAACGGAUUUCCUUAUUGAAACAAUUGCGAAACAGGGGAAGGCUGUCCUACUAAUCGGUGAGCAAGGAACUGCAAAGACUGUUAUCGUCAAAGGUUUUAUGUCAAAAUAUAACCCCGAAAGCCACAUGGCAAAGAGUUUAAAUUUUUCGUCUGCAACUACCCCACUAAUUUUCCAGCGUACAAUAGAAAGUUACGUGGACAAGCGCAUGGGCACAACUUACGGUCCGCCUGCAGGCAAAAAGAUGACAGUCUUCAUUGAUGAUGUGAAUAUGCCCAUAAUAAAUGAAUGGGGAGAUCAGGUCACUAAUGAGAUAGUUAGGCAGCUGAUGGAGCAGAAUGGACUGUAUAACCUGGAAAAGCCUGGUGAAUUUACCAACAUUGUGGACGUUCAGUUUUUGGCUGCCAUGAUCCACCCUGGGGGAGGUCGCAAUGAUAUUCCACAGAGGCUCAAGAGACAGUUUUCUGUGUUCAACUGUACUCUGCCUUCCAAUUCGUCCAUUGACAAAAUUUUUGGUGUUAUUGGAGAAGGGCACUACUGUAUUGAGCGGGGCUUUUCAGAAGAUGUGAAGAAAACAGUGGCCAAAUUGGUUCCACUGACACGCAGGCUGUGGCAGAUUACCAAGCUAAAAAUGUUGCCCACACCAGCGAAGUUUCAUUAUGUCUUCAACCUUCGAGACCUCUCAAGGAUUUGGCAAGGAAUGCUGAACACUACAUCAGAAGUGAUCAAUGAACCAAAGGUACUGAUAAAACUCUGGAAACAUGAAUGUAAGCGUGUUAUUGCUGAUCGUUUCACAACCUCAGAAGAUGUAAGCUGGUUUGACAUAGCUGCAGCAAAACUCAUUCAGGAGGAAUUUAAAGAAACAAGAGCUUUUCUGGAUUCUGAAAUUGAUGCAUUCUUUGUUGACUUCUUAAGGCAUGCACCUGAAAGAACAG